UAGAUCGUUUUGCUCCAAUUUUACAUGAAUUGGCAAAGGGCUUCUUCUCCAUUCCUUUUCCUGUGUUUUUUAUUGGGUUGCCGCCAUUCCAUCUACUAGAAUCAAGCUUGUUAGAUUCUCAAUUCAUUCCCUUUUUAGAAGGUUAAUUCCAAUUGAUUUUCAUGUGCUAUGUCUUCUUCAGGUUGGAUGGAUUCCUCAGAGCGGGAGAGGAUGAAUUGUUUUUCCUUGUUUUGGGUUUCUGAUUUUUUUUUUGUUAGGGUUCUGAAUUUUGGGAAUGAUACUUUUUUUGUACUUUUUCCUGUUAGUCUAAUUGGUUUUUGGUUACGGAUGUUGUGAAUUUGAUCGCUGGGUUUUUGCAAAGGACUUGGCUUUAUGGUUUCUAAUGAAGUGUCGUUGCUUUGAUAAACGCAGGAAUCAGCCAUGUCCCACCAACGACAUCAAUCGGGCGAGUUGAAUUACAUGGCAGAAGAGGCUGAAAUGGCUGAUUUCGUUGAUGAAAUUGAUGAAGACAACUAUGGGGGUGCGGCAGCCGGAGGUGGAGUUGAUGUGGAAAUGGAGGCAGAUGAAUAUGACAUGCUUACCAAGGUGACCGACACAUCUUCUGCCCAAGCUAGGAUGGGCAAAGAUAUACAAGGUAUUCCAUGGGAAAGAUUGAAUAUAACCAGAGAGAAGUACAGAUUAACACGCCUUGAACAGUAUAAGAACUACGAAAACAUCCCUUUGUCUGGGGAAUUCGUCGAUAAGGCAUGUAAACCAACAGAUAAGGGGGCCAACUUCUACGAGUUCUUCUACAAUACUCGAUUGGUCAAACCCACAAUUCUUCAUUUCCAGCUAAGGAACUUGGUCUGGGCUACUUCAAAACAUGAUGUGUAUCUGAUGUCUAACUACUCUGUCAUGCACUGGUCAUCAUUGUCUUGCAAUUUAUCCGAGGUCAUCAAUUUCGCAGGGCAUGUAGCCCCUGAUGAGAAACAUUCAGGAAGCUUGCUGGAAGGUUUCACACAAACUCAAAUAAGCACUUUAGCUGUUAAAGAUAAUUUCUUAGUUGCAGGGGGCUUCCAGGGAGAGCUUACUUGCAAGCGUUUAGGUAAACAAGGAGUUAGCUUUUGCACCCGUACUACUUAUGACGAUAAUGCCAUUACAAACUCAAUUGAAAUAUACGAUGGCUUGAGUACUUCUUGGUUAUUUUACAGUGGUGGAAUUCACUUCAUGGCAGCCAACAACGAUUGUGGUGUGAGGGAAUAUGAUAUGGAGAGGUUUCAGCUCUUGAAUCAUUUCCUGUUCCCUUGGCCGGUGAACCAUACAUCAAUAAGCCCGGACAAAAGACUGGUUACUGUUGUUGGUGAUAACUUGGAUGCACUGCUGGUAGAUUCCCAAAAUGGAAAGACGGUAUCCACGAUGUCAGGCCAUCUAGAUUACUCUUUUGCUUCGGCAUGGCAUCCCAAUGGCCUUGUGUUUGCUACAGGGAAUCAGGACAAGACAUGUCGCGUGUGGGACAUACGGAACUUAUCGUCCCCUGUGGCAACCCUGAAGGGCAACCUAGGAGCAGUGCGGUCGAUCCGAUUCUCGUCGGAUGGCCAGUUCAUGGUGGUGGCCGAGCCUGCUGAUUUCGUGCACGUGUAUAGCACGCAACAAAACUACCAGAGAAGGCAAGAGGUCGACUUCUUCGGUGAGAUAUCAGGAGUAGCACUUAGCCCAGAUGACGAGUCGUUAUACAUAGGGAUAUGGGACCGGACAUAUGCGAGCUUGCUGCAGUAUAACAGACGGCAUAGCUACGGGUAUCUGGAUUCAUGCUUGUGAUGAUGUUAGAAUAAGAGGUCUGUUGUAGUGCGAAUGGAAAGGACCUAGGGAAGGGUUCAAGGGACGAGAUGUUUUGAUUUCUUGUUUGUGUUGUAAUCCUUUAGUGGUUGGGGGUCCUUAUAAUUUAGGGUGGUAAUCCUUUGAUUGAGGAAUGUGGUUAAGGUGAGAAAUGAGAUGGUGACUGGAAAAAAGUGAGAAUAAUUGAACUUCAGGGUCCGUCUGGUUGUUUAGACCUUCUUGUAUAGAUGAUACCAUAUAACUACAUAAAGCAAUUGUCAUGAGUGGAAUGGGUGAUGAGUCCUUGAACUUGGGUUGGAAUGGAAGGAAUGAUUCUGUGUACUACAUAUUCAUACAUCUCUCUUCUAUCUAUUGCAUUCCAUGCUGCGAAGUGUUUGCUUGUUUGAUGUAAUAUACGGGAUAGCUGUAAUUCUACGCCGAAUGAGUUCAAAGGGAUUCGUCGAGAUUCGAAUACCUGAUC